GCGUCCUUUACUGCCUGCGUCUCAUCAUCCAUCAGCAACGAUGCCUCCCUCUAAGCUUGGCCCACUCGCCGGCCGAACAUUGAGGGGCUCGUCCCUUUCGCCCUCGCCAUCAACGCCUCCGCCAGGCUCACCAUCGCAGCAUGGAGGAGCGGGACCCCCUUCCACCUCCUCGCCUAGACGGGUCGCGAGUGGAAGCGCCAACCUGAACCACAACUCUCCGAAUCGACGAGCUUCAGCAGCCAAGAAUGGAGGCAACAAUGAUGCGUCGCCGUCGUCGUUGUCGUCCAGCUCGGAACGCCCAUAUCUCCUGUCUCGCGAGCAAGAAACGACAUAUCAUCGCCGUCUGCGCACCCUUCUCAUCGAAUUCGCCAGGACAAGGCAGCUCUGGGCAGACGAGAUAGAAGAGGCAGCAGAGCUUGUUGCAAAGUAUGCGGGCGCGCUGGGUGAAUUGGAGGAUGAGAUGAAGGAGCGGACGAAGCGACGGGAGGUCGCGGGAGGGGUAGCGGCGGGAGCCGUUCGCGAAGCCCUUGAGGAUCUGGAUGCGACAUACUCUGAGCUGGAUGUGGCAUGGAGACGAAUCGAGGGGGCAGCACAGGCCCUGCUGAAGCUGCGAGACGAGGCUGCGGCGCUGGAGAGGGAGUGGAUGACCAGGAGCGAGGAUGUGAGAUGGGGACCAGUUGGGGGAGAGGAGAUGGUCGCAGCCACGGCCACCCUCUCACUGCAAGCCCAGCUUCAGACUCAACAGCUGCGGACCUCCCUCUCUACUCUCUUCGUGGAGUGCUCCCCUCUUGGCAGUCUCGUUGCGCCUGCGGUCACGGACCUCUUCACGAAUGGGGCUCACCCCGAUGACACCACUGCAGCAUCAUCGAAGCCACGACGUCCUCGCACCUACAACCCCUCAGCUUCCUCACGGCUGCGCAAAGAAGUGCUUACAACAUGGCGCGACUUGUCCUGCGUUGAGGCGAGGGGGAUGGAUAGCUUUGCGUGGGUGCAAGAGGUUUGGAGGAGCGAGGUGGGAAGAUGGGAUGAAUUUGCGGGCGGGUCGUCAGCGGCGACGGCGAUGCCCCUUUGAGGCGUCGCAGUAGACACUAAAAUGGCCAGUGGCUUGAGUAGGUGUGGAUAUUUGCUCAUUUGGAUCAUUGAUAUAUACCCUCCAGCGUCCCAUUCGUCAUCGCCAUUGUCGUCUGCUAUAAUACAAGGCCUCCUCCUGC